GAUGGUGCUGUGGCCCAGAUCUGUAGAUGCACACGCUGGUAACAGAGCAACCAGGACCAAGGGACAACAAGGGCUCCGGCGAAGGGGAGAGAGAGAGGUUGCCCAGAGAGGAGACAAUCCAGGGCUUGAGGAGCCUGGGUAUGCGGUUUAUUUUUCUUCUCGACAAAGACACACACUGUCUAAACUGUGUGGCUGGUUGUUAUUAAGGAGCUGCUGUAAGAGGGAAAAAUGUAUUUAAUAAAAGGCCCAGUGUUUGUGGUCUUCUUGGGCUUGCUGCUGAGCUUUGGAAAUCUUGAGGUGUGACCAGUUUUCAGCCUUCAAAACCAAGAUGAACUGCCCUUGAGAAGGGGUGGUCAGAGGGGAAAUAUGUUCGCGCUCUCUCUCCUGAGCCGGGGACAUGGGAAGUUGGUCCAGAGCAAACAGAAGUUAGAAGUCUAUCUUGAACCAGAGGAUUACUUGAACUGGAAGUCCCCAGAAGAUUAUGUGCUGGUCGGAAAGCCUCAGGAUGAGGACAGUGCCGACCAGCACUCCUGGCGCCUCUUUCUUCCUAAAACUUUCAGCACUAGGAAGGGUGCCUUGAUCCUCUAUUCGGAAGGUUUGGCCGUAUCAGCAUGGACACCAGAAGAGAGGAGAAAAGGCUCCUACCUCUCCAAAGGUCACGGGAGGAGGCUGCGCACAGUUCAAGAGCUCAAAGAAGCCAUCCUGGCAUACGGAAGGAAACAGAGGGAGCAGGACAGAGCCUGGCAACCGUACCUCUACUUCCGAAGCCAGCUGGAGAGCCAGGCCCGGCGGCAGAUCCAGCCCGGGUAUUCAGCCAAGAGAUACCUCCGAGGCCUCUUGCAGACGUGGCCCCCUGACACCAUGUACAGACUCCAACGUGCAGGAUACAUCAAGGAUUCUGUGCUGCUCCAGGACAGUCAACCCAAUGUACCAAAGAGUCUCAGACCACAGCAGGAUCUUUCAGCUGUGCCCCCCAAAUACCAUCUCCUGCCUGUCUUCCCUCCAUUUUGGAUUCAACAAGGAAAAUCUUUUGAUCAAGGUCAACAGGGCCUGGAUGAAGGGGAAGCUGGGGCUAGUGGACACGUGGACCAGGGCUCUGUAGCCAAGAACCGCAGCAGUGAGGGGACUCACUUGCGGCCAUGCAGGAAGCAGCCCUGGCAGGAAGAUGAAACCUGGGCAGAGGACACGGCAAUAGAGAAUCACCUGCGUGUCUAUGCUUCAAAGGAAAGCCACAAUGAAAAGACGCAGAAAACCUUCAGGAAGUCCUUGGGCCAUGCCCACAUCGAUCCCUCUUGGCUCCUGAGUGACAAAUCUCACGACAAACCAGGGACUGUGAAACUCCACGAGGCCCGAAGUGGCCACUUGUCACGGGAGCCUCCCGCUGGAAGAUGCCUUUUCCCUCCUGUGGCAUCUGCUACUGGCUCGGAGAAAAACACCCCUGGGGACGUGAAAAAGAAAAAGGCACCAAAGGCUUUGAAAUUACCUUCUCUCUCAGAAGAACCACCCAGAGUCCUGGACCCCCUGAGGAGCCAAUUUAAAGCCAGUGAGCCCCCAACAGAGCUCUUCAUAGUCCCAGUGGAGAUUCAUUUCCACACCCAACAUCCCCCAAGAGAAAAAGCCUGCAGAAGAGGUGCUGCACACCCUGAGUCAGACCCAGAAACAGAAGAGGAGGCCAGGUCUUUAUGGAGACCUCCCCUGAAGCAUGUGUCCUUGGAAAGGCCACGGGAGUUAACGGUGCAUCUCCCAGUGGACACAGGAAGGGCCAGCGACAACUUCUCGCCUCAAGAUGAUGAUGCCCCACCCCAGAAUGUGGCCCCACCACAGGAUCUUCUACCCCCAAUUAAAGGAAGAAAAAGUCCAGAGAGCCAGAGGGACCUGGACAGGGGCCCCAGGACAUCAUGCUACAGCAGCCCUCCAGGUACCCCAAAUGCAAAAGCGCCCAGGAGGGCACCGCCAGCAGGACAAGAAGAUUCCAGAGACCCCACACUGCGACACUUCUUGCUGGGUCCAGCUGGAGAGAACGUCUGCCUGUCCCUCCCAGGGCCUACCCAAACUGAGGUGCUUUCAUCGGGUGAAGCCUAUGAAUCUGUCAAUUCAAAUAGCAGCCAUGAAGUAGAAGGGUCCGGCAUUCAGCAUCUCCUAAUAGCAAACACUGAAUCCAGAACCAAUCGUCACAUGAAUCUUCAUGAAACCUCACCUUUGACCCAAACAACAGAGAAGCAGGGAGCCCAGCAGUCCUUGGAGGCAGCAGCUCAGAAGACAGGAGAGCCUCAAAGUUGUAUAAAUAAAGGGCUGAUAUGUUCAAACGGAAAAGAAUUUUACACGCGCAAGCUGCACAUCGACAUGACGCCGUUCCUGAAGGACAGCGGAGAUGCACUGGACUAUCAUGAAGAACCAGGCAAAGCCCCCAGAGAAAGUCAUCAAGACAGCCAAGACCCAGAGCCAAGAAGUACGAGUCUUGACUCCCCCAGUGCUUCCCUGGCUGAGCACAUCCAGACCACGGAGGCAGAUACCGUGCAAAAGGUGGGCAGAGAUUGUGAUGUACAUCACCUGCAUAGAGGACUUCCAGGACAUGGGCCCGAGUCACCAGAGAGGUUAGAUGCUGGGGAUACAUCUCUUCUUCCAAGAGAAAGAGAAGGGAAGGCUAACCCAAGACUGUUCAGCCAGCAGAAAUCAGCCAGCAUCAGUCAUGAGAAGGAGUUGAUUAACAAAGCCAAGGGAAAGAAAAGAACCAAGACAGAUAAGACCAAAGCACCCAAAAGGGAGCGAGAGAAACAGGUCUUCAGGGAAGCAGAGGCUGCUUUCGGAAAGUCAAAGGACUCAAAGGCUAAAAAAAAAUUAGGAAAAAAAACAGGAGGCAAAAGGAAAAGGAAUCUGGAGACUGCAGCAGAGCUGAGUGGGCCUGAUGUCAUUAACUCUAAGGAAACAUUAGACACCUCAGAUACAGGUUUCUCCCCUUCAGAGUCUAUUGUAGAAGACCCUUGGCUUUCUCCCAGAUAUGAUGCUCAGGAGAGCCAAGUUGCUAUAGAUGGAAGAUCAUCACCUUCCCAGACUGUAACUGUCACUGGCAACAUGGAAUCUGAAGAAGAGAGAAGCUGUGACAACCCUUCCAAGGUAGGAUCUGAUAUUCUCUCUUGGCCAGAGGAAGUUCUGUCCUCCCUUGGUGCAAAUGCAGAGGUGGGAAAAACUGCCCUCAUUAUGGUGCAGUUGCUGAAACAGCUCUACUACAUAAUAGUCUUCUCGUCCUACUUUGGAAGGCCCUACCUCAGAGCACAGAGCUGUGUCCUGAAACUUCUAGAUAGUUGCAGGCCCACUAUGCUCUUGCCUCUGCUCUUCAAUCCUGGGUUCCCUUGGGAAACCAAGAUUCCUCACAAUGGGGUGAGGCACUGCCUGUUGGCUGCCAUUUCCCUGACCAUCUUGCGUUUUCUCAGCUUGAGGAAACAGAGACUUGAAGAAGAACAGCAGCAGCAGGAGGAGGAGGAGAGAAAGCAGCAACUCCAGUUGAAAGCAGCCCAGGAGAGAGUCCGGCAGCAGCAAGAGGCAUUUCGGAGGAAACUGCAAGAACUACAGAGGAAGAAGCAGCAGGAAGCAGCUGAGAAGGCCGAGGCAGAGAAACAAAGGCAGAAAGAAUUGGAAAUACAGUUAGCAGAAGAACAAAAACACCUGAUGGAAAUGGCUGAAGAGGAACGAUUGGAGUACCUACGGCAGAAACAGGAAGCAGAAGAGAAGGCUUGGCUGGAGGCAGAGGAGAGGAGGCUUAAGGAAGAGGAAGCAGCAAGGCUGGCCCUGGAGGAAACCAUGAAACAAGUCCAGGAACAAGCCAGGCAAAAAGCUGCUUUGGAGAAACAUCUUCGAUUCCAUCAAGAGCUCCUUAAGGAAGCCAGUGGCCUGCAGUGGACACAGAGUAUUUCCAGACCAUGGGUUUACUCUUAUUUCCAGUUCCUACAAAUGCCCAGGCCUUAAGGCUAGAAGAAAACUAAAAAGUAAGUUGGGAGGUGGUAACAAAAAAAGAGAAACUUCCUUUUAUAAUUAAGUUCCAUCGUAAACCCAAUUAGUUCCAGUUAUCUGUUUCUCCUGAAUCCAUGCCAAAGAUAUUCUUAAGCCUAGAACCUCCAUUCCCACCACUUCUCCACGCCACACACUUUGUUCAAUCCAAUUAAACUUUUCACUCACCUAAA